UGGUCAUUUAAAAAAAAUCAUUUUAUGAAGUGAGUGAUGUGAAAAAUGAAAUAGCUUGCUGUUUAGUUUAUUUAGAAAAGGAUUUUUGGUUAUUAGUGCUAAUUUAAGUAUUAAAUUACCUCUAAAUGUAAGAGUUUCAUUUAUAUCUUUACCGUUAUGGUAAAUGGCAUCUUGGUGAUACGAAUAAAUAAUGGCGAAGAAGAAGAAACCCGCAGCGAAGGGUACGGGGCCUCGGCGCAACGCGCGACGCGGCAAGCAGCCGAGCGAGACCGACGCGGCGCCCGCGGCGGAGACCGGCCAGCCCCCGGCCGCGCCCGCGCCCGGCACCAGCGCUGACGGCCCCGCGCCCGCCGCGCCGGAGCCACCGCUAGACUCCACCUCCCUGCCCAACACUGACCAGCCUACAACUUCCCACCCCCCUGUCCCCAUUGUGGUCCUACACAAGAAGUUUGGCAAGUACCGCUGCCUCUUCAACAAUGAUGAGAAGAAGUGUGACCUCGGAAGUGACAGUGAGACAAGCAGCAGUUUAGAAAUACGAGUAGUUGAUCCCGGUGCAAGCUCCGAAUCAGAUUCCACUGCCCUGGAGUCACAGUCUGAUUCAGCUAGCAUGAGCAACUGCAGUCCUGUAAUAAAUACAAUCAGAACUUUAAAUUCAAACUCUGGGGACUAUUUACCUAUGCCAGCAUUUAAUUUAAGUGAGAUACAGUUACCACCGAUGAAAAAUACUGAAUCUGUUAGUCAUAAUGUAGAUGCUGUUAAUGUACAGCAAUCUCAGCCACCCAUAGAGCAAGUGUUAGAUAAAAUUGAAUUGCCAAACACGGAGCCUACACUAGACCAACAAUUAACAAAGAUGGAGACUGAAACCAGCAUGCCUCAGCAAGAACUAGAGAUACAGCCACCAUUUGUAGACCACACUCCAGUCUCCAACACAGAGGAACUGCCCAGCACCCACACUCCAUCAGCUGAAGAACAAACUAAUGAAGUGAUAGAGCUGGAAGAUGAUGAUGAUGAUGAAGAAGUCAUUACUGUAGUUCAAAUAGUUGAAGAUGACAACCCAGAGUAUUAUUAUGAUAUUCAAAUUAGCAGUCCCAAAGAAGCAACCAAUGAAACUGGAGUGCAAAAAGAAGAAACCAGCAAAGAACCUAUCAAUGAGUUUCAGCAACAUUUUGAGAAGCUCAACCUUGCUAGUUCUGUUCCUGACUUGAACUCUCCAAUGGACUGCACUGAAAUGAAUGACAGCAACAGGUCUUCAGCCUGCAACACACCUGACUUGUUAGCAUUUUUAAAAGAUAGUUCAUCAGACCAGCUUGUGAGACCUGACCCGAGCUUGACUCCAAGCUCAACUCUGUCAGAUGACAGUAACUCCUCCAGAGUCACAUCUGAACCCGCCCAGAAUGACUCAGCAGAGUCCUCACCCAGUGGAGUACGAAGAUCUAGUCGCAUCAAGACAAUAAGCACACUCAAACAAAAGACCAAAGGUUAUGGCCUGGUGAAAACACCUUUGAAAAAGGCUUUGAUGUCACAAACAAAGUUGAAGUUGGAAGAAAUAGGAUCAGACAGUCAAGAAAAGAUGCCAGAUGGUCUUUUGACAAAUGCAUCCAACUCCCCAACAUUUCCUGUCCCUACUGAUAUGCCAGUGAAGGUGAAGUCACGGUGGCGUCGCUCCAGUGAGCUGGAGAUGGGUGCCAGCUCGCCAGCACUGUCACCACUAGCCAGCCCAAGCCUGCCAAAGCUACCACCUGUAUCUGAAGGUGAAAACGUUACAGAGGAGGAACAACAAGAGAUACAGCUGACAAAAGAAACCUGUGACAAGAUAAUAGCAGAGAGGAUGAGUCAGUUUGUGCACCUGGAGGAGAAUGAGUACCUGUGCGAGCGCAUGAUCAGCAAGGAGACCAAGAAGAUGAUCUGCGACUGCUUCCUCACCAAGGAGGAGACUGACCGCGGCGAGCUCGGCUGCGGGGAGGACUGCUUGAACAGACUGCUCAUGAUUGAAUGUAACUACCGAUGUCCAGUGGGCGACAGAUGUACAAACAGAAGGUUCCAGAAAAAAGAGUUGGCUCCACUGAAGGUGUUCUAUGCUGAUAAGAAAGGGUGUGGUGUGGAAGCCAGCGAGGAAAUCAUUUCCGGCGAAUUCCUAAUGGAGUACAUAGGAGAAGUGCUAGACUACGAGCAGUUUUACAAACGGGCCCAAGAAUACUCAGACGAAAACAACUUGCACCACUACUUCAUGUCGCUCAAAGGGGACACAGUCAUUGAUGCGACCAUGAAAGGGAAUAUUUCGCGGUUCAUCAACCACUCCUGCGACCCCAAUGCUGAGACUCAGAAGUGGACGGUUAAUGGGGAGCUGAGAAUAGGGUUCUUCAGCAAGAGAGAUAUUGUUCCUGGGGAAGAGAUCACGUUCGACUAUCAGUUCCAGCGGUUCGGUAAGGUCGCGCAGCGCUGCUACUGUGGGGCGAGCAACUGUCGCGGGUGGAUCGGAGCUGAGCCAGACUCGGAUGAGGAAGAGGAAGAAGACGACGUGUCCACCUCCAAAUCCACCCAACCCCAACCAGGCGAGACACAGCAGUGUACCCCCCGCGCCCCCGCCCCGCGCCGCGCCCCCCGCGCGCCUAGACGCAAGGUGCCAGCUCCGGACUUGGUGCAGGAUGCUGAUAUCGAAGACGACAUCGAAUCCCUCACCCGAAGCGGCAUAAAGAACCAGAGCCACACCCUCCGCCUAUCUCGAACCGUCGUGCGGGCCAAGACGCAGCGAGCUCAGACCUCGUUACUGCGGUUACUGAGGGAUGCUGAUCUGCCGUGUAGGAGGCUGUUCCUGGAUUAUAGAGGGUUGAGGCUGCUGGGCCCGUGGUGUCAUGGCGCUACUCCGCAGUUCAGACUGGAGAUGCUGCAGACGCUGGACCGGCUGCCCAUCCCCAACAAGACCAUGGUGCAGGAGAGCCGCCUGCUCAGCAUGGUGGAGCGCUGGCUGAGUGACAACACCGUGGUCCCGACGCCGCCCUCACAAGAGCUGAGUCCGGAGAAGGGCGCGGACGGGGCCGCCAUCUUGGACAAGGUCAAGGACCUCUGCAAGCAACUGCUGGAGAGAUGGUCUAGCUUGAAGGAAGUAUUCAAAAUCCCGAAAAAGGAGCGCAUUCAGCAAAUGAAAGAGCACGAGCGUCAAGCGAACGUCGAGCGACGAGCGGCGGACUCGAGCGGCUCCCGUGAGAGGGAAAGAGAAAGAAACAGAGAGCGCGAGCGAGACAGAGAGCGCGACAGAGAGCGGGAUAGAGAACGGGAAAAGUACCGCGAGCGGGAGAGGGAGAGAGAUAGGGAGAGGGAAAGGGAGCGCGAUGAUAGGGACAGGAGGAAACGGAGAGGCAGUCCGGAGGGUGGGAGGAGGAGUAUUAGACUGAACGAGCGAGUCCUCGCCUCAGUGCCCCCGAUGUCUAAAGAGGAGCGUCGCCGCGCCUUCGCCGAGGCCGCCGCGGCCGCCGAGGAGACGCGGCGCCAGCGCGACCAGCCCUGGCCGCCGUACCAGUGGCCGGGUGAUGGGUUCCCGCAGAUAUACCCCAACGCCAUGAUGGGCGGCGCCCCCGGUCUCCUCCCCGCCCUCGGGCCGGGCCUGCCGCCCGCCCUGCCCGGGCUGCUGCCGGGCGUGGUGCCCGAGUGGCCGCCGGAGUACCCGCCUGGGUAUUGUCAACCGUACGCCGCGCCGCAGUUUGUUAUGCCGCAGCAUAAUUUCAUGGGCAUGGGUGGUUUCGGCAUGGGCGGCUACAUGUUCGGGCAGCAGAUGCAGUUCCCGCCGCCCGACGCGCCGCCGCAACCCAACCAAAUGCCGAUGCCCGAACCAACCCUACCAGCGGAAGACUCAGAAGUGAUCCUGCCGUCUCUAUGGCGAAGCGCAGUGGACGCGCGCGGCCGCACCUACUACUACCACGUGAAGCUGCGGCAGCCGCAGUGGGCGCCGCCGCCGCCGCCCGAUAAUGUACCAGACGAGAGUUCCUCGGAAGAAGAGAUGGAGGUGGCGGAGUCGCCCGCGGCGCGCCCGCACGGCAAGUUCGUUGAGGGAGUCAACGGCAUUUAUGAAGUGAAAGCGAAGGACGGUUUGAUCCCGGACCAUGCGCUAGUGAGCGCGCACCGCCCGCGCAAGCGCCGCCCCGGCCUCGUCACCGAGCGAGCCAUCAGCCCGCGAACAGAAGAAGACAAGCUAGCGGGCCGGCUCGAAGUCAAGCGCUACAAGGAGACCAAGGAGAAGCUGCGCAGAAGGAGGGAGAAGCUGCUGCAGAAGGUGCGGCUGCUGCAGCAGGCCACCCGGAGAAAGAAGGACAAGGAGAUCACGGUGCACGACCUCAAGAUGGUGGACCUGGUGGACUCUGACAGCGACUCCUCCGACUGCGACGAGCUGGUCGAGCAGCCCGAGCACCCACCCGGACCGGGUCACCAGCCGGGUCAACCGGGCCAGCAGCCGGGUGAGCCGGGGCAGCCGGGUGAACGCGAGCCCACGCCCGAGCUCGCGGAGGACGCGGACGAGGCGGCGCGCCGGAUCAAGGAGGUGUUCCGGAGUACUAUGGCCCGGGUCAUGGUGGCGCAUCUCAACCCGUACCGGCAUCGGACGGCACCAGCUGGCAGAAUCACAAAUACCUCAGACUUCAAGCAUUUAGCUAGAAAGUUAACCCACUUCGUGAUGCUGAAAGAGCUGAAGCACUGUCGCUCCGUGGACGAGCUCGUCGUCACCGCGUCCGUGCAGUCCAAGGCCAAGGAAUUCGUAAGAAAAUACAUGUCCAAGUUCGGGCCCGUGUACAAGCGACCGGCAGAAGAGGCCGACUAACUAGCGCUUAGAGGCGCCGCCAAGUAGGCGCCUCGCGAAGCUGACUGUUAACCCUAUUAGGACAGAAUGAUUAUGAAUCCUACAUCGUUAACAUUAGUCAUGCCCCAUUAAGGGUUAACGAUAUGAGCUACGUACGAUGUUCCUGUGAAGUUGUGUGAUAGUGGUGGGCCGUUUUAAAAUGGUCGGGUUAUAUUAUUGCGUCGUUGGUAGCGAUGACGGUAUUUGUGUGUGAUUGAGUGAAGAUACACUGCGUUUUGUGGCAGAUACGUUACGUACAUUUAAAGCGAAUAUUUUAAAUUGUGAAAGCCAGUAAUGCAUAUUUAUGUCUGUAUGAAUUUUAGGGUAAUGACUUGCUGUUUUAAUGAUGCUGCAGUGAAUUUUAGGAUUUUUAAACCUAUGGACUUGACAUUUAGACCUGAAUUUACGAUAAUGUCGACAUUUAAAUAUUUGAAGCUUUUGUAUAUAGACAGAAAAUUGUGUUCGUAUUGUAUUGAAAUUGUAGUUAUUAGGGUCUUAUUCUUAUAAAUGAGAUAUGGCGUAUUUUACGCACUUUGAGUGAUCAUGAUGAGUAACUGGGUAUAUGUAUGACAUUAUGAUGUUGAGAGUAAGCGUAUAUUUUUGUUUCACGAAUAUGAUAUAAGAUGACUCUAUUUUAUGUAUUAACGUGAGAGCUUAGUAUGAAAUAGCUCUAAGUAUAUUUUAUUUUGCAAGUUAUGGUAUUCAAAACAAUGGCGGUUGUGGCGCACGCCAACUAAAUGUUAAUUAGUUGUUUUAUUCGAUAUACUUUAAAAACAGAAAAAACGUUCUUUUAACGCCACACAAUCGAGUUGAACGCUUAAGUUUAAAAGAGGAAAUUACAUGAACUGUAGUGUUUUUAUUUUUAAUUUUUUGGUGUGACACCAUACUUUUUUUAAAUAGGAAUAUCUAGCAUAUUAUGUAAAUAUUUCAGAAAAAAGUAUAACAUUAUGACUCGUUUAAUAAGUUAGCUACAGAACAAACCAUUUUAAACUGAUAUAUUGCUUGAAGAUCUCAACUUUUGUCCUUUAAAUCUAGAGUUUUUAGUAAAUUAAAUGAAUAGUCCUUAUGGUAGUAUGGUAUUGCGUCUGGGUUAAAAAUACACUCUCAAGAUAAAGAUAAAGAAAAAAAAACUAGAAGAUGUCAGAAGAAGCCAACGCUUGCACCACUAUUUUACAGUUGAUUUAUUGAUGUAAUCUCGAAUAGCCUAUUCGUUUCUAAAUAUAUGUGUUUUAAGUACAGUAUUAUGGUAGUUAAUUGAAGACGCAAAUAUGACAUUGACAUAACCUAUACGUGUAUGAAUGUUGUGAACAGCGCCGCGGUGCGGUGAUUUUAGGAACUAUUUAAGACAUUCAAUUAUAGUUUUAUUCAAGUAGCGUAUAAUUAGGUAGUAGAGUUUAAAUGGAUCUUGUUAUAUUUAACCGAUCAGUGACUGUCUGUAAACUAUGUCAUAUAGACUCAAAUAAUGAGUGCUACUUACAUUAUUAUGUCGGUAAAAAUUUACUAGAAACUUCUCCUAUCAGGCUGAUAUAGGUUAGCUGUGAGUCUCUUGGAUGAAAGUGAACUAUGUAAAUAUUUGUAAAUAAUGUGGCUUCAAAUGUAAGAAUGUAGUGCACUAUGCUGUCUUUCCUAAAACAUUCAGCUGGCCAAUGUAGAUUUGAAGCAGCCGAUCCCAUUUUAAACAUGCUAAGGCCCAGUUUGUCGAAUGAGUAUAUGUAUUUAUCUAAGCAUGAACCUAAUUCUUUCUCAGCGACAAUUUUAUUCAGCCAAUCACAGCAUUGCAUUCCAUACUAAAGUUGUGAUUAUCUUGACAUUCUCAGGUGAUAAACGGGGCAUAAAGUAAAAGUAUAUGUACGCGAUCUGAUAACGAAAUAAUAUGAGAAUGGUAAUCGGACUCAAGCUAUAUCUCUCUACCUCACGCUAAUCGUAGGUCUGUCAAUACUCCCUCCUACUCCCACCUAUGUGUCGAUCGCCAUUUUCAUUUUCAUAUAUUCUUUAUCUGUUCGCAUUAUGCCUAAUUCCCGCAAGUUUAUAAUAUGAUGGAACCUAGCCGAAACGACAUCGAUACAAGUCUUUACUCAGUGUUGCUUGAGGUAUUGAAUGCGGUACAAUAUCGCCCGAUUCUUUCGCCGGAUCAUUAUAAACUUGCGGGGUCCUCAAUCCUCAGUAAUUUUUUUGGUCUCAUACAAAAAUGGGCUUAUGUUUGACAUUUCUUUUCAUGACAUUCUUUGGUAUAGAUGUUAUACGAACAGUAAUUUGAGAGUCAACAACUAAAUUGCUUUCCAUAAUUAUUUCUGUGAACACGUUUGAUGUAGGUAUGCUACUUGUGAAGCCAGAACAAAAUAAAAUGUUAUUUCUUUAUAAA